UCAAAUAAAAUUGACAGAUUGUCGAUGGUAGGGCGAAAUUUUGUUGUGGUGGUGUGCUGUAAACAAUAAACGAUACGUAAUUACUAUCAAAUAAUAAAAUAAAACAGCUAAUUUGAUGUGAUUUGUGUGACCCAACAAAAUGGUAUCUAGCGAGGAAGAGCCGGAAGUGAAAACCGGCGAACCAUUAACAUGGGACGUCGACAUGGAGAUCCAAUUGUUUUACGCUAUGGCCAACCACAAGCCGGUUGGUAUAAACAAACAUUUUCACAUGGCGUGCAUUUGGGAGAAGCUUUCCAACUCUAUAACCAAAGAAAUAUCUACUCAAGAUAUAUGGAAGCGUCUAGAAAGUCUAUACGAUUUAAAUUUAUUGGAAGACACGGAGCCAAUUCCGUUUCCAAAUCAUGAAACGCCAUUUAGUUUACCUGAAAGCGAAUUCGGUUCGCUAAUGAAACAGAAGUGUAAGGAGGCCAUACUAGCUGAGGAUAGUGAAGAUGGAAGGAGCCCUUCACCUAAGCCUUCGACACCUAGAAGCAGUUCUAGGGGCACUGCGUCUAAAGAUAGUACACCUAAAGGCAGCCGUAAGGACAGUGUGAGCGCACUGGCCACUAAGACUCGCAAGGAGAGCGGCAGUUCCCAUGCAUCUACUGAUACUCCUAGCAUCAAGUCUGAGAAAGACUAUGAUCGUAGGAGAGAUUCCCGCGACUCUAAUGCAUCUGGCCCGCGAGACAGUUCAAGCAGCCGAAAGUCUACCUCACAGAGAGAUAAAGUCUCCAAAUCUAAAGUUGGCUCAGUAGCAGCAGCCUGGGACUCUCCCUUAAUAGACGAAGACGGUGUAUCACGUCGCGGGCGCAGACGAGCGAACACAUCGACCCCCCCUGCUACCACCCCCGCCAAGCGCCGGCGCACCUGACAUAUGCGACACACGCGCACACACACAUACCGCCACUUCUUCUGACACACACAGCCGUGCGCCUGGAGGUGUCAACAUACUGGGCCAAGGAGAAGCCAUGCCGUCAACAUAUUUUUCUCGUAAAAUAAGUGAUUCUACUUGUGUAUGCGGACCGUCUUUCCGAAUUAUUGCAUUUAACUUUACUGUGGACUUUGAGGUGACUCAUUGAAGUGUUAAGGAUUACUUGUAUUUGUGUAAUCUUAAAAUAGUGUAAGAAAAUACAUGAUUUGUAAAUUA